UAUACAACUAUUUUAUUUCUGCUCAGACGUUAGCUUGAUUUUUAAUUUUUUAAGAAAUCAAUUUAGACCAGCAUUAUCGCAGGGUCCUUGCUGGGUUUUUAAGGGAAAUGACCCAUUUAAAUAAUUCAUCAGAAAAUAAAUCACCAAUUACCGUCUAAAGAAGGUGUUUUUGGCAUCGAUUAUUAAUUGUGGUUUUAUACCACGUGUCAAGAUUUGAAGGGUUGUAAUUUUUGUUUUGUUUUUUUCUUUUCUUUCUUCCUCUCUUUUGUUUGGCCUCUUCGUAUUCAUCGAAGAUGCAUGCGAUCGAAACGGCGAUCGAAACGGCGAUCGACGACCACUCUCCUCAGGGCUUCUCCUCCGGCGUCUCCUCCGGCGUCUGUCGUGCUCUCCGUUAGAAGACCGCUCGAAACCACCACAAACGACGACUGUGUCGGUGAGCUUCGUCUUGUCCGUCAGAAACCGAUCGCAACCCACCACUGCCGACGACUCUCUCGGUCCUCACCGCGUCUCCUCUGAAUUGAAGAUUCUCUCAGGUGUGUGGUGAACGCAGCGGUGGUGAAGACCCAUAUCAUUAAGGGACUUCUCGCACCCUUUGAGCUCUCGACUGAAGCUCCUCCUCCUGAAUCAUCGUCAAGCAACCAGUACUUUUGAUUCUCAGUGAGGGGGAACAAGGAAAUGGAGAUGAUCACGAGAAGCCAAGAACGAGCUGGAAGUCAGGAGAUGGAUCAGACGAGAUGGAAGUCACGAGAUGGAACUAUGUGUGUCUGUUUGUGUCACAUGUGAUGUCUGUAUGUAUAUUUGUCUGUUUGUGUCACAAGAUGUAUCUCUCUCGAGUUUGUAAAGUCUAUAUAGCUUCAAACACGUUUAUGUAACAAAGUCACAAGUUUCAUACAAGUUUCAAACAAGUUCCUCCUUCUUCUUACUUUUAAACAAUCAAGUUUCAUACAAGUUUCAAACAAGUUUCUUCCUCUUCUUUACUUCAAACAAUCACGCUUCAAACAAGUUUGUUUCUCACGUUUCUCACGUCUCUUUCUCCUUGAUCACAAAGCCUCAUUCUCUCUCUUUUUUUCUUCUACGAAAGAUCAGAAGCUCCAUUAUCUCUCUUUUUUUUUUAUUCUACAAAAGAAUCAAAAUAGCAAUUCUAUGGCUUCUUCUUCGCAUAACACUUCUGAGGGAGUCGAUGAUGAAAGUUUUGAUCAAUAUUUCGAUCAAUAUUUUGAUCAAUAUUUUGAUCAACAUUUCGAAAAUUUAACCAUUAAUUAUGGUGAUGAAGAAGAAUGGAGAAGAAGGAAAAAACGAGUUCAUAUCGAACGCAAUCGUGAAGAAGGCAAUAUACGUUUAUGGAAUGAUUAUUUCAGUGAAACUCCAACAUAUCCUGAAAAUCUAUUCCGACGACGAUUUAGAAUGAACAAGCCAUUGUUCAUGUGAAUUGUUAAUCGUCUCUCCAAUGAAGUUGAAUUCUUUCGACAAAAGAGAGAUGUUCUUGGAAGGCUAAGUCUCUCUCCACUGCAAAAGUGCAUAGCAGUCAUUCGUGUCUUGGCAUAUGGUUCUAUGGCUGAUGCUGUUGACGAAUACCUCCGACUCGGUGAAACCACUACAAGGUCAUGUGUGGAACAUUUUGUGGAAGGAAUAUUAGAUUUAUUCGGCGAUGAGUACCUGAGAAGACCAACACCGGCUGAUCUUCAACGUCUACUUUAUAUUGGUGAGCAACGUGGCUUUCCCGGGAUGAUAGGGAGCAUCGAUUGUAUGCAUUGGGAGUGGAAGAAUUGUCCCACCGCUUGGAAAGGUCAAUAUUCACGUGGCUCGGGUAAACCGACAAUAGUGUUAGAGGCGGUUGCUUCGUAUGAUUUAUGGAUAUGGCAUGCGUUUUUUGGACCUCUAGGUACCUUAAAUGAUAUCAAUGUACUUGGUCGCUCACCUGUUUUUGAUGACAUAAUAAAAGGUCAAGCUCCGCAAGUUACUUUCUAUGUCAAUGGAAAAGAGUAUAAUUUGGCUUACUAUCUCACCGAUGGUAUUUAUCCGAAAUGGGCAACUUUUAUCCAAUCUAUUUCAAUACCACAAGGUCAGAAAGCGACGUUGUUUGCUCAACAUCAAGAAGCUGUCCGAAAAGAUGUCGAGCGUACUUUUGGAGUCCUGCAAGCUCGAUUUGCCAUUGUUAAAAAUCCAGCACUUUUUUGGGAUAAAGCCAAAAUUGGGAGGAUUAUGAGAGCAUGUAUCGUACUCCAUAAUAUGAUAGUAGAAAACGAACGAGAAGGAUACACUCAUUUUGAUGUUUCAGAGCUCCAACAAGGAGAAGACACCGGAACUUCACAUGUCGAUCUCACGUAUUCUACAGAUAUCCCUUCAAAUAUCGCCAAUAUGAUGAGUGUUCGAACUAGAAUUCGCGAUAGACAAAUGCAUCAACAGCUCAAAGCUAAUUUGGUUGAGCAUUUAUGGAAUAAGUUUGGACGUGAUGAAGACAACAACUGAGUUCGCAAUGUUUCUUUCAAAUUAUUCUCGAUUAUUGUACUAUGCUUUAUUUUUAUGUUUUUUUAAAUAUCAAUGUUUUAAAUGUUAUCU